AUGAGAAUAGUUGUUGCCUUUGUUUUCAUCACUAUAGCGACCAUCAACAUUAGCUUCUGUAGACGAAGCUCUUCUGUUGGUUGCCUCCAAAGCGAGAGACUAGCACUUCUAAGGUUCAAGCAAGAUCUCAUUGAUCCUGCUAAUCGGCUUGUCUCUUGGACUUCUGGUGUUGAAGAUUGCUGUAUAUGGUCAGGUAUUGUCUGUGACAAUUUGACGGGCCAUGUGCUUGAGCUCAACCUUAGGACUGCCCCACUGAAUGAGUAUGCAACUCCAGCUGAAGAUGAAGCUUACGAGAGGAUUCCCAGAUUUCUUGGAUCUAUGCAGAAUUUAAGGUACCUCAAUCUAUCUCUGAAUUCGUUCCAGGGUGUGAUUCCUCCCCAACUUGGAAAUCUCUCUAAUUUACAGGUUCUUUGCAUGGGUGAUUACUGGCGAAGCAUGUUACCUGUUGAAAAUUUUUGGUGGUUAUCUCGUCUUUCUUUUUUGAAACACCUUGAUUUGGAUGGUGUGGAUCUUAGCAAUUCCUCUGAUUGGUUGCAAGUGAUACACACUCUCCCUUCCUUAGUGGUGAUAAAAUUAUCAUACUGUAAACUUCAUCACUUUCCUCCCAAACCUAUAGCAAAUUUUUCAUCUCUUGCCUCCCUUGAUCUAAGUGGAAAUCAUUUUGAAGGUCCAAUCCCUGAUGGACUUCAAAACUUGACUUCCUGUAGACAUCUUGAUUUAUCUUAUAAUCUUUUCAAUUCCUCAAUGCCUAGUUGGUUGUACAGACUUAGAAAUCUUGAGGAACUUUUCCUUUGGGGCAAUUUCUUGCAAGGCUCAAUGGAUGGCCUAGGAAACCUGUCAUCUAUCAAAGCACUUGAUCUCUCACAAAAUAAUUUUGAAGGAGGAAUGCCAGUAUCAUUUGGAAGACUUUGCAACUUGAGAUCAAUAUUUCUCGUAGGAGAUAGAUUGAAUGAGGAAAUAUCUCAAGCCUUGAAUAUUUUCUCUAAAUGUGUUGCAAAAGUCGUAGAGUCCUUGGACUUCACCGAUGCUCAUCUUUUUGGUCCAUUGACCUAUCAACUUGGACGGUUUAAAAAUUUAAAAUCUCUUUCUUUAGUUAACAACUCAAUUUCAGGUCCUAUUCCAAGGUCAUUAGGAGAACUUUCAUCCUUAGAAAUUCUAUAUCUUUCGUAUAACCAAUUCAACGGAACUCUUUCUGAAAUCCACUUUAACAAUCUCACAAGACUGAUCGGAUUAGGAGCAUCUGGAAAUUCAUUAACGUUUAAAUUCCCUCCUCAGUGGGUUCCUCCAUUUAAACUUCUAUUCACUGGAACCCUUUCUCCUUCUAUUGGGUCUUUAACUUCUCUUCAGUCAUUAAACCUUCGCAAAAACAACUUUGUUGGGGAGGUACCUUUGUCACUUCAGAACUGUACAAAGUUAGUUAAACUUGAUCUUGGUGAAAAUGAGUUUGUUGGAAGUGUCUCUGCAUGGAUAGGAGAAAGAUUUUCAAGAAUAAAGAUUCUCAUCCUUCGAUCAAAUAAGUUUCAAGGUCUUUUACCAAGGGAACUUUGCCAUCUCACUUCUCUACAAAUCUUAGAUUUGGCUUAUAACAAUUUAUUUGGAAACAUACCAAGGUGUAUCAGUAACUUCAGCACCAUGAUGAGAAAGAGUGAAAUGGAUGAUGAUAUAGAGUACCUGUCUAAUGAUUAUUUUAAUUUAAGUUUUAUAGAGGAUGCAUUACUUGUGAAUAAAGGUGAAAUGGCUAAAUAUAGUACAAUUUUGAAAUUUGUAAGGAAGAUAGAUCUUUCAAAAAAUAACUUCUCUGGAGGCAUCCCUAUGGGAGUGACGGAUCUUUCAACGUUGCAAUCACUGAAUUUGUCUCACAAUUCUUUGACCGGCAAAAUUCUGGAGAACAUUGGUGCUAUGAGUUCUCUAGAGUCCAUUGAUUUUUCUGGAAAUCAACUUUCUGGUGAAAUCCCACAAAGCAUUUCAAAUCUAACAUUUUUAAGUGUCCUGAACUUAUCCAACAACAAACUUUCUGGAAGAAUUCCUUCAAGCACUCAACUACGAACCUUUAGUGCAUCUUCUUUUACUGGCAAUGAACUUUGUGGUCCCCCUCUUUCUAAUAAUUGCACAGUGAGCGUUCCAAACAGAGGAGAAAAAGAACGUAAUGAAGAUGGAGUAGACUGGUUUUAUGUAAGUAUGGCUCUUGGAUUUGUGGUGGGAUUCUGGAGUUUUAUAGGACCUCUAUUCUUCAACAGGAGAUGGAGGUGCAUGUAUUUCCAAUUCCUGAAUCGCCUCCAGGACAAACUGGGCAGUGUUAAAGAUGUUAUUAGUGGUUAUGAUAUUUGUACUAAUUUCCAUUUGAGUUUAGCACUCAAAUGA